AUGAAGUUCGUCCUCAACCCGGUUCACCUUUUGCGAUGGCUUGCCACGAGUCCACCACCGAGGUGCUGCCUCCACACCAGCGCGGCUCUCUUGAAAGGCAACACCCGGAGGUUGCAGGUGCGUUCUGGCGCCGCCAGCGGCGGUGCGUCGUCGAAGGUCACGUCGCGUCGGGAGAUGGUCGCCCAGAUGAAAGCGGAUGCCUCUCGUGCUAGGUGGGAGUCUGAGCAGGCAGCGGCCGCGCGACUUCAAGGUGUCCGGCCCCCCUCGAACCUCAAUGUGUACUUUGCUUCCAGUUUUGAGCCCAAAAGAUGGCCAUUGGCUGAAGCCGUCGCCUCCUUACGUGAAGCCGCCGCACCUGAAAUGUUCAACUGCCUUGAAAAUCCUCUGUACGCGAAGGUCAUUUUGAAUUGUCGCACAAAAAAGGCGACUAAAUUCAUCUCGAAAUUGGAAACUUCUACCACUCUUCCGCAUCAGCUGGACUUCCUGCCGAAGCGACGCAUUAUCGUGCUUACAAACGACACAGCCACAGCCGAGCAAUGUGUCUCGGAGUUGGGUGCCGCCGCUGCCGGAGGCUUGGAUAUAAUCGAUCGUUUGGCGACUGGUGGAUUCCACUGGGACGAGUACGACGAUGUGGUUGCGCAUCCCGACUUCUCGGAGUCCGUGCUACGAGUCCGCAAGAUUCUCCAAAACCGUCUCCCUACUGCGAAAAAUGGUGAGCAAGGCGGACACAUUCCUCUCUGUACUGAGGGACGAGUCGGUGAAGAUCUUGUUGCGAUGCUAAAAGCUCAGCAGAUUUGCGUCCUGCUGAAUUCAACCCCUGUGGAUGGCGUCCCAGAAAUCAACGAGCUACGAUUGGUCCUUGGUCAGCUGUCCUGGGAGGAUGGGCGACUGCAGGACAAUCUCUGUUGCUACUUGGAGGCGGUGGAGAAAGCCAAGUCUAACCGUGUCCAUGGCAAUGCCAUCGACCGCAUCGACCUGAUCUGCCCGCCAAUCGACGAAGUCUUUCUCCUCGAUGCGACUUUACUGGGGCUUGAAAACGCGAAGGAGGCGAAGGGAGACAAGGUGGAGGAGGGGGCGGAAGAAGAGGAGGAGGAGGGGGAGGAAAAUUACGCCUCCUCAUAG